CCGGCGACGGUCGCGGUGUUGGGAACCGGGGGCGAGCGGGGCGCAGCCGCUGGCAGGCCCCGGGCGCAGGCCGUGGGCCAUGUCCGAGAGCGGCGGCGCCGGCGGGGCCGCCCCGGGCGGGGGAGGCGGCGGAGCGGGCGGUGGAGCGGGCGCGGGAGGCGCGGCCUCCGGCUCCGGGCCCGGCGCCACCGACCCGGCCUCGCUGCCGCCCGGCGACGCGCAGCUCAUCGCCAUCAUUGUGGAGCAGCUCAAGAGCCGCGGCCUGUUCGACGGCUUCCGCCGAGACUGCCUGGCCGACGUGGACACCAAGCCAGCCUAUCAAAAUUUGAGGCAGAAAGUAGACAACUUUGUAUCAACCCAUCUGGACAAACAGGAAUGGAAUCCAGCAAUGAACAAAAACCAGUUACGAAAUGGGCUAAGGCAGAGUGUGAUUCAUGAGUUCCUGAUACUAAGCAGCUGCAGUUGCAAAAUACAUGUCCUGUUAGAUUGGCAAUGGAUUACUUGUUCCGUUUGGUGCAGGACUGCUGUCUGCCAAAGAUAAGAUUGACCUUUAUCAGACCUGUGGGAAGGCACUGAAAUCAGUGAAAUUCAGAUGCACCUGGAGUUCUGCGGUUGGAGGGACAGCCAAAGUGUGAAGAUAUUUUUGCUGUGAACUGCAGUACAGAGAGCAGCAUGUAUUCUUGUUAGUCAUGCCUUCAGGCAAGGGGGUGGGAAGACAAAGGGAGUUGGCUCUUGUCUGGAGGGAGUAGGGAGGUGGUUUGAGAUGAUACUAGGCUUGAGAGCAGGAAGAAAAGGAUGUUUUGGGGGUGGGGUAGUCUCUUGGAGACCAAGUCAGAGCUGUCAGAUUUUCUUUGAUACAAGCCAGAUGAGAGGAAGCAUCAUACACCUCUGCUGCAUAAUGCAGCACUGAGUAGUAGGUGCCAAGCCAGGUGUAACUCAUUGCACUGCCUGCUUUAGGAAAGACAUUUCCUGUUUAAAACUGGAAAGAACACUUCAGGAUCAGUUAUCUAGGUAAUUUCUGUUGCAUUGCAGGAAAAAUGUUUACAGUUGGCUAUGACUAUAGCUGAUUAAAUUUUUAUUUCCCAGGUAACUCUGGGAAGCAAAGGGCACCAGAGUAGGGGGAUCAGUUUGAAACUUGUCUCUUUCAACUUGAAAGACUUUUCUUUCCUGUGAAAUUUCUCAGGUGCCUAGUGGAAACUGUCCUAUGCUUUCAGCUUGAAUGCAUGCAGUGUCCUCUGGAUGACAGUCAAGUAGAGAAAGUGAUCAAAUAUUCUGCCAGCAAAUGUCUAUACCUUUUGCAAUAAAAGACUUCAAAAAGCA